AUGGCCACCCGUACCCUCGCACGAGAAGCCGCAGCGGCCAAAAUCAAAUCUCUCCCCGACACCACCAUCUCCAAAUACCGCUCCUCCCCAUCCUCUAAACGCACCCGAGAUGAAUCCCUGCUCAUCACCGCAGCUCGCAUGCUAGCCACAUUCGACAAUGCCAAGAACGCCAUCUUUUUCCUCGUUCUAUACCGCUAUUCCACCCGACUUCUCCGCCAUCUUAAAGUCUAUGGUCUCUCAGAAUCACUCUACCAACUCUACCGAUCCAUCUCCUGGCGUGCUUUCUCUCUCCUGCUUAAAACCCCCGCUGCGAAGCGCAAAGUAAAGAAAGAGCUAGACACGGCAAUGGCCGAAGUUGAAGCUAAAAUCGUCCCUCGACCCUCCCACCUCCAAGUUCACCGCGAUCUACCGACGUUGGGGAAGCAAGGCGAUUGGAUCCGCUCCGAGCUUUCCAAACUAGCCACAAUGGAAGCUGGAGUAGAUGCAAAGAUCGUAGAGGCGGACUGGCAGGAUAGGGAUGGACAAGUGGUUUGGAAAGGUGGCAAAGUUUCCGGUGCUGUUUACCACGGUGGCGACCAUCUUUCGGAGCUCUUGGCCGAAUCUAUGAAAACGUUUUUAGUAUCAAACCCACUCCACCCUGAUGUGUUCCCAGGGGUGAGGAAGAUGGAAGCAGAAAUAGUCUCCAUGGUUCUCCGAAUGUACAAUGCCCCCGCAGACGCAGUGGGAGCCACCUCGUCAGGUGGAACAGAAUCCAUCCUCCUCUCCUGCCUAGCUAUGCGAGAAUGGGGUCGAGCUGUCAAAGGAAUCACCGAACCAGAACUUAUCGUCUCUGUCUCCGCCCACGCAGCAUUCGACAAAGCGGCCAGCUACUUUGGUAUUAAAAUCCACCAUAUCCCCGUUGACCCUAUCACUCGUAAAGUUCAAGUUGGUCGUGUUGGACGUGCUAUCAACUCUAACACUGUCGCUCUUGUCGGUUCCGCACCCAACUUCCCAGAUGGAAUCAUCGACGAUAUUCCACAUCUUGGAAAGUUGGCCAAGAGACAUAACAUCUUACUCCACGUCGAUUGCUGUCUCGGCUCUUUCCUAGUCCCCUUCCUGGAGAAAGCAGGCUUUGAUUCGGAACCGUUCGACUUUAGAGUUGAAGGAGUCACCUCCAUCUCCUGCGACACGCACAAAUACGGCUUCGGACCCAAAGGCCUUUCCACCAUCCUCUACCGCUCUCCUGAACUGCGCCGGUUGCAGUACUACAUUAAAACCGAUUGGCCAGGAGGAGUAUAUGCCACUCCCACCCUCUCCGGUUCCAGACCGGGCAGUAUUAUUGCUGGAACAUGGACAGCUAUGCUUCACCUUGGUUCUUCCGGUUACACGCAAUCUUGUCGUGAGAUUGUUGGCACAACGCGAGAAACGAUUGCGAGGAUUGAAAGAGAACUUCCAGAACUCUUUGUACUGGGAAAACCAAAGGUUAGCGUAAUCGCUUUUGCAUCCGCCGCCAGCAAUGUAAGCAUUUACGACGUCGGCGAUCACAUGAGCAAAAAAGGUUGGCAUAUCAACGGUCUCGCAGGCGACAUCCCUGCUAUUCACAUCGCUGUGACGAGAUUGACAAUUCCAGUUGCAGGCGAGUUCGUGGAGGAUUUGAAAGAAGCCGUCAAGGUAGCUACGAGCAACGUCUCGGCUAAGAAAGGUUCAAUGGCAACGCUCUACGGCUUAGGUAGCGGAGUUAGUGCUACUGCAAUCCUUGCCCAAUUGGCUAGUAGGUUCAUUGACACUCUCUACCUCAUCUAG